AUGGAAGAUAAUAUCAAUUUAACCUUCAAAAAUAUUCAAGAGUUUAUCACCCAAACGAAUCGCCAGUUAUCUCAUCUCAUUGAUAAAAUCGGACUGGAUAGAGAUCAAUUUUUACUAGAGAAUGAAAUAGUUUCAUGCCCUAUCAAUGUUAAUCAUCGCAUACCGCGCUCGUCUUUAGAAAAACAUACUAAGAAAUGUAUGUUGAAGGAGCAAGGUUUCUAUAAUCAGAUUGAAAUACCUACAUCCAAAUUCUUCUACCAACCAAACUCUUCAGUUUCAUCAAUACUUACAGAUUAUUCAAAUGUUGAAAUAAAUGCCGCCACAAACGACGACAAUUGCACUUCCUCAGCUACAAUUGUUAGCGAAAUAGAUCAAGAUUCUAGCGUUAUAGACCCCAAGGAUAUUAUGACGUUGGAAUCUUCAAAUCAACUCUCCGAUAUCAAUAUAGAACAUAAAGAUAUAUCUACCGAUAUUGAAUACGAAACCAUACCAAUGGAAAAAAUAAAGAAAAUCCACAGUUGGAAAGCCAUUCCUAAAAAUUACCUGAAUAUUGAUACGUUGAUAAUGGACCCUAAUACCAUAAAAUCUUGGAUAAUUAAAAAUCUGCCUAAAACGAAUUAUCUCGAGUCCGUUAUGGGAAGUGAAAUUGAAGUUACUAACAUCAUUAUAAGAAAUUUACACAGUCAAACUUUAUGCCAACCCAAUAAACUCGUACGAACAUUAUGGUUCGCUCUACAAAGCAAGGGUCAAGAAUUUGUGUUAGAACUGUGGAAGUUUUUAUGGACCAUGAAAAUAAGCCAUCAAUAUAAACUAGACCAGGUGUCUGAGGGUGUUAUAACUACAGUUAAUUAUGCCCUAUCACCAGAUAAAAUGGCUUGCAUAUUUACACCUGAGCAGCGAUUAGCUAUUUACGAAGAUAUCAUUAAGCGCGUAAAUGCCAUGAAGCCCAAAACUAGAGCUACAUUAGAGGAACUUCAAAUUGAUUUUGAUACCAUCCAAGAACUAUGCAAUAAUAAUACUGAUAAGACCAAAAGUCAUUUAGAGGUACUUGCUGAACAGCGCGACUACAAGAGAAGAAGACAGACUUACAGGGCAAAAAAUGUACAUAUUACGAAACGCACGCCUACCCAGGUUCAUCGUGACUUGAUCGAAUUACAAAUGAAAUACUUAGAAUCAAUGAUUGGAGAUUCUAGUCAUAGUACUGAAAGUAUUAACAACGAUUCCAGGAAUGAGGUGACUAACAAUAAAAACAUAGCUAGCCAAAAGACAGAUACUGUCAUCGAUGAGCAAUUAAAAUUAAAGUCAAGAAAAGAAACAAAAUCCGAUCGUCGUGAACGAAGACAUGACUCUGCAGACGAACACUACUCUCAUCGCCAUCGCAGUCAUUUUCGGGACAAACCACGAUCUCAUUCUAGUAAACAUAGCGACAGUGACUACAGUCAGCAUCACCAUCGACGCAGUAAAGACGAUAACCACCAUCAUCGCCAUCAUCACAAACACAAAAAAUCGCACAACAAAUAG